AUGACUACUUCAAGGGCUCAUGUGGAAAGGAAUGAGGAAGACAAUGUGGAGCAAGAGAUUUCCCUCCAAGCUCCUCCCCAAGUUCCAAUUGUCCCUAUAGGGGAGAAUGUGAAUAAUGAGAAGGUUAGGUUGGUUUUUCUAAUGUUGUCUCAAGUUAUGACGGAUCAUUUGAGUCGGGUGGUGGUAGCUCCAGUGAACUCUGUAAAGACUAGGGCUAUUUUGAGAGUGAGAGAUUUUAGGAGGAUGAACCCUCCGGAAUUUAAUGGCUCCAAAGAGGGAGAGGGUCAUCAAGAGAUGAAGUCUCGUAGAGAAGGCGGAGUUAGCUUCUUAUCAACUCAAGGGGGCUGCUCAAGUUUUGUUUAUGGGAAAAAAUGGCGUAUGGCUAUGCUUUAUUAUGAUAUGAAUACUUCCCACCUUGGAUUUUUUUCUCUCCAAAUUGAGAAAGAGAAACUUGAAGAAGGGUUGAGGGAAAGAAAGAGAUUGAGGAUUGAGGAUGAAAAAUCUUCUCUUGAGAGGUCCUUUGGACAAGAUUUUUCUAAGUUUCUCCCAAAGUUCAGUGGGGAGAGGGUGUCCAACCCUAAGCCUAAAACAGGAAGCAAUAGUGAAUCGGUGUUACUUAAGCCUACUUGCAAAAUAUAUGGAAGGAAUAAUUAUGGUAGGUGUUUAGCCGGUAUGGAAGGUUAUUAUUGUUGUGGUAGAGGUGACCACAAAAUAAGAGAUUGCCCAGUACUUACCACUAGGGGAAGAGAACGGAAGAAAAGUAGGUCUGAUGCUCUUCAAGCUAGAGGUGAACAAGAGUGUCCUCCUAAUGUUGCUACCGGUAUGUGUUUCAUGCUUACUUUUAUUCUGGUAGUGCUUGUCUUUUGUGACUUGAUAAAUUGGACAUGA